GUCAAUCGGUGACUUUCGACGAGUGCGAACACGCCAACACACGCCCAACAGUCGCCAACAGUCCUGGAAAGUGGUUUUUCUUUCCAGGACCGGUAUUGGAAAAACCGUGCCAACCGUUAGAACCAACUGAACCACCCGCCUAGUGGGGUCGUGCGCGUGUUGAAAAGCUCGGGCGAGGAAUUCUUGUUUUGUUGUUUUUGUUGCUUUUGUGCCAAGUUACUUUUUUUUUUAGGUGUUUUUUGUUUUAUUUUCAAUUUGAUUAAACUUCUGUGUUUUUCCCCCUCCUUUGUUUGAUGCCAUAUUGUUAGUCUCUUGUUUCGUUUAAUUUCUCAGAUCUCGCAUCGUAGCCCUGUAUUUUAACGUUGAACCAUUUUCGUUGUGUGUUCUUCUGUUAUUUCCACUGCUUCGAAUCAAUUUCCUUUUUCUAACCCUUUCCACCACCGUGUUGCGUUUGUUUCCUUCCGUCGCGUUCCCAUUGCGUGUGCUGUUUGCGCUGUACGAAAAUCUGCACACACGCAACAAGGUGAAAGAGCUUAACGGGUGAUAAAAUGUGCAGCAAAUGUGCUUACGAUGCGUAUCAUUGAACUAAAAAGCAGUUCGGAAAGUUGCGUACGAAGGACGUACCGUGGGCGCAUCCAUGGUACGGGCAAAUGGGAGAGUCGGAUUGUUGGUGUUACGCUAAGUGUAGUGGCAUGGGGACUGUUGGUGAUCGUGCUGCUGGGUGUAUUACGCCCCGUGGCAGAUGCCCAAGGUAUUGCCGCGGUCGAAUCGGAUGGUAACGAAACAACGGAAUAUUACCAUCUCGAGAUGGGUGCCAGUGCGGAAGUGAAGGAACGGGAAAUGCAAGAACUGCGCCAAAGAUUGGCCGGUACAACAUUGCGUGUUACUACACUUCAGGACUGGCCCCUCAGCUACACAGUGAAGAUCAACGGUUCGUACAUCGGUGCCGGUGUUGCCUUCGAUCUGCUCGAGUUUCUAAUGGAAAAGUUCAACUUCACCUACGAGCUUGUAAUGCCGGAACAGAACAUCGUCGGUUCAUCCAACGAUAUGGCCGGCAGUGUGCUGCAGCUGUUGGCAAAUGGAUCUGCUGACAUGGCGGUAGCGUUUCUGCCGAUAUUGGCCGACGCACGGAAACACAUACGCUAUUCGACCGGAUUGGACGAAGGCGAAUGGAUCAUGAUCAUGGUACGGCCAAUGGAAUCGGCCAGCGGAUCCGGUCUGCUAGCACCGUUCAAUCGGGACGUUUGGAUAUUGAUUCUACUGUCGCUUCUGGCCGUCGGUCCUAUUAUCUAUGGUUUGCUGAUACUGCGCCACCGGCUCACCAGGGACAAGGAGCAGAUCAUCUACAGCCUGCCGCACUGCGUUUGGUUCGUUUACGGUGCACUGAUGAAGCAGGGCAGUACCCUUUCACCGACGGGAGAUUCAACCCGCAUUCUGUUCGCCAGCUGGUGGAUCUUCAUCACGAUCCUAACAUCCUUCUAUACCGCCAAUCUAACCGCUUUUCUAACGCUGUCUAAGUUUACGCUCCCGAUUAACAAUGCCGAGGACGUGCGUCGCAAGGAGAAACAGUUCGUAACAAUCCGCGGUGGAGCGGUAGAAUAUGCAAUUAAAAAUCGCGAUGAAACAUUGAACGCCCUCAGUGUACUGGUCGACAAGCGGCUGGUAGACUUCACGACCAACGUGAAUGAUAGUGACACGCUUGCGGACAAGGUGGCCAAACAGAACUACGUGUUCGUCCGUGACCGACCCGCUAUCGACCAUAUGAUCUACGCGGACUAUCUGGUAAGGCGUAAGAUUAAUACGCUUAUCGAACGGCUGCAUUGUCCGUACGCAACCGCCACCACACCGUUCCUGAAGCGGAACCGUGCCUUCGGAUUUCCGCUUACUACCGAAUGGAAUCGAAUAUUUGAUCCCGAAUUGCUUAAAAUGGUGGAAGGUGGCAUCGUCAAGUACAAGCUGCACGAUCGCUUACCGAAAGCCGAAAUCUGUCCCCAGAAUCUUGGCGGCACUGAGCGGCAGCUGAAGAACCGUGAUCUCGUCAUGACGUACUUCGUUAUGGUGACCGGCUUCGUUACCUCGAUUGUGGUGUUCGUCAGUGAGCUCGGUUUCCGGUAUCUAAAUCAGCGCAAGCUCAACGAUCUCCUACAGCAGCAACCGUCCAAAAAGAUCACUACCGAGCGGAUCUCCUACCUGGGGAAACAGUUCACUGCUGGAGAUUCACCGCCACCGCCGUACGCUGAAGUAUUUAGCCGCCAUCAGCUCAGUGUGCUCGGUAGCGAGCGAACCGGCAAGCUGUUCGAUGAUGGUCCCGGUCAGCUUGCAAAUGGUGCCAACCGGCAGAUGAUUAACGGUCGCGACUAUAUGGUUGUGCGGGAAAAGAAUGGGCUCGGUUCGAGGCUCAUACCGAUGCGUGCACCAUCGGCUGCCAUCUUUCAUUACACGUAUGCCAACUGAAUUGUUUUGUAUUAGUAAUUUGUAUCACCGCCGUACACGGACAUGAUCACCACAUCUACAAAACAUCAAACAUCUACGCAAGUGUAUGUAUGUUGUGUUGUGUAUACUAGAAUUUGGUUUUUUGUGCUAUUUAAUUAAAGAUAAUUUGAUCAACACUUUUUCCGGGUGAAAUGAAUUAUAAGUUUGAUGCAAAAAUUGCGUAACAAACAAUAGCAAACAGUGAUACAAUAUGUCUUAUUUCGUCUGUGUUUUUUCUCUCAUUAAAAUUAUAACAUUUUAUCUAAAUAACAUAAACAAGAAAUGCACCAUUUUAUCACAUAACGCACAAAAUCGUGUGACAUUGCACAAUGCAAAUAUGGCAAAACAGCUGAACUAGUGUAACGAAGGACUUUUAGCACCGAUGUUAGAAAUAGUAAAAAAAGUAUGCCAAAGUUGCAAUUCAAUUUUGCAUAUUUUAUAGUUUGCUAGUUUGUGAUUCAAGUUUGAAGCAUUUUGUAUUGAAGGCACCCGUAUCUUAUAUCUAUAUCCCCAGUGCGUUAAUAAUUGAAACAUUGUUCAUAUUCUACAUUGCAUAUGUAUCAAGAAAGAUACCAAAAUAUUAGAAAAAAAAACAUUUAAUCAAAUUAAAAAACUAUUUGUAGAAUUGUUAGUUGGAAAAAAUGUAUUAAGAAAUUUAGAAUUUGCUUUGAAUACAAAACUAUGCAUCGAGAUGAUAUUAUCUUUUUACAUGUUUAAAAUGAAAAAUUAAAAAUAACAAUGAAGCGUUGGAAUGAUGAUUAAGUUAUGGAAGAAGUAAAUGGAAUUAAAAAUACUAAAUAUUAACUAAUAUUGAUGAGGAAAAUGAUAACGAUGAAAUAAUGCAUAUUGUAUCGCUCAUUAAAAACAUUUAACAGACUAAACUAACAAUCAGUACGUUCGAAAAAGGUUUAUACUUUCUUAAUUCCUCUUUAUGAUUUUGCUUUCGUUACGUACACAACAUACACAACACAUCACACCACUAAAAGGGCAAUAUUAUACCACCGAUCACAGUAAAAAAAAAUGAAGAAAAUAAAAUUUAUGUGUUGCUUACAUUCUGUUCA